ACAGUAUGAUCUGGUCAUGCGGCUGGAGCUACUUAAGCCGGGAAAAAGGGAUGGAGGGACUGUUGGGGGCGGCAGCUGAGAGGACCAACAUGAGCAGUCAGAGCAUGUGGGCAGUGUGCUUCCUUGUGGCAUCCAUUUUUGCCACCACGAGUGUCGCGCAAUUCCCUCGAGAGUGUGUCACCGUGGAGGGUCUUCGCAGUGGCCAGUGUUGCCCAUCUCCAACCGGUGAAGCGGGAGAUGAGUGCGGCUCCAGCACAGGCCGGGGCCAGUGCGUGAGCAUAGCUGCAGACAGCCGGCGCCACGGGCCACAAUACCCCUAUGCGGGGCGUGAUGACCGAGAGCGCUGGCCCCUGAGGUUUUUCAACCGCACCUGCCAAUGCAACGGAAACUUCAGCGGCUACAACUGUGGGCGAUGUCGGAAAGGGCUGUCUGGCCCCAACUGUGACCAGAGGAUUUCCGUGGUCAGGAGGAAUGUGAUGCAGCUGAGCGCGGCUGAGAAGCAAGCCUUUGUGAAUGCUCUGGACCAGGCCAAACGGACUGUCCACCCCGACCUGGUCAUUUGCACAAGACGGUACCAGGAGAUACUGGGUCCGGAUGGCAACACACCUCAGUUUGAGAACAUCACCAUUUACAACUACUUUGUUUGGAGCCACUACUACUCGGUCAGCAAGACGUUUUUGGGCGCCGGCCAGACCAGCUUCGGAGGCGUAGACUUCUCCCAUGAGGGGCCCGGCUUUGUAACAUGGCAUCGUUUUCAUCUGUUGCAACUGGAAACAGACAUGCAAGACAUGCUGGGAGACCCCACUUUUGCUCUGCCCUACUGGAACUUUGCCAUCGGAGGCAGCCAGUGUGAUAUCUGCACGGACGACCUCCUGGGAGCGCGAAGCUCUUUCGACAUGAAUUCCAUAAGCUCUAACUCCUUGUUUUCCCAGUGGAGAGUCAUUUGCGAGAGCGUGGAAGACUACGACACUUUCGGCACCAUUUGCAACAGCUCGGAGACAAGUCCAAUCAGGAGGAACCCAGCCGGCAACACGGCGAGACCCAUGGUGCAGAGGCUGCCAGAGCCCCAGGAUGUGUUAGACUGUCUGGAGCUCAACACCUUUGAUACCCCACCCUUCUACUCCACCUCCUCCGAGAGCUUCAGGAACACCAUUGAAGGCUAUAGCGCCCCCAAGGGAACGUAUGACCCAGUUAUUCGCAGCCUCCACAAUCUGGCCCAUCUAUUCCUUAAUGGGACCGGUGGACAGACUCAUCUCUCGCCGAAUGAUCCAAUCUUUGUUCUGCUGCACACUUUCACUGAUGCUGUCUUUGAUGAGUGGCUCCGCCGGCACCAACCGGGUGAGGUGGUGUAUCCGGAGGAGAACGCCCCCAUUGGACACAACAGUCGCUUCAACAUGGUUCCUUUCUGGCCCCCGAUCACCAACGCGGAGAUGUUUGUUUCAGCCCCGGACAACUUGGGCUACACCUAUGAAGUCCAAUGGCCUGCCCGAGCCUACACUUUGUCAGAGAUUAUCACCAUCGCCAUCGUUGCCUCGGUGCUGGUGGUGGCAGUGGUGGGAGGAGUCAUCUCAUGCGCGCUCCGUGCUCAGUCCUACCGCUCGGCUGAAGCCCUGGAGCCGCUGUUGGGAGAGACGUUCAGGCGGUACUCUGAGGACGACCGGAGGUUCGACCGAUCACAGUCUGUUGUCUGACUGCGCUUGUAACUGAAUUUUUUUUAAACCAUCUUUUAAUAAAGUCGACCCGACUCUGAA